CGGCGGAGCAUGUGUGUGCAGCUGAGGCUGCUGCCCGCCCGGGACGCGGCGGAGAGUGCAUGCCUCUCCCGGGACAGACCGUGAAGCCGGAGAGGACGUGGCGGCGGCGGAGGAGGGGAAGAGCAGCGGGAGGCAGGCUGGGCAUCCCUCUCGGGGGCUGGAGGGCCCCGGCUUGGCCGGGGUUAUUAUGGCAUCGCUUGCGGACCGAAUGCGAGGCAACGGGCGCAUCGCCGCUGGGCUCCUGCUCAACCUCCUGGUGUCCAUCUGCAUCGUGUUCCUCAACAAAUGGAUCUAUGUGCACCACGGCUUCCCUAACAUGAGCCUGACCCUGGUGCACUUCGUGGUCACCUGGCUGGGCUUGUACAUCUGCCAGAAGCUGGACAUCUUUGCCCCCAAAAGUCUACCGCCUUCCAAACUCCUCCUCCUGGCCCUCAGCUUCUGUGGCUUCGUGGUCUUCACCAAUCUCUCUCUGCAGAAUAACACCAUAGGCACCUAUCAGCUGGCCAAGGCCAUGACCACGCCGGUCAUCAUAGUCAUCCAGACCCUCUGCUAUAAGAAAACCUUCUCUACCAAAAUACAGCUCACGCUGAUUCCUAUAACCUUAGGUGUAAUCCUAAAUUCUUAUUACGAUGUGAAGUUUAAUUUCCUUGGAAUGGUGUUUGCUGCUCUUGGUGUUUUAGUUACAUCCCUUUAUCAAGUGUGGGUAGGAGCCAAGCAGCAUGAAUUGCAAGUGAACUCCAUGCAGCUCUUGUAUUACCAGGCCCCCAUGUCCUCCGCCAUGUUGCUGGUCGCUGUGCCCUUCUUUGAGCCAGUGUUCGGAGAAGGAGGAAUAUUUGGCCCCUGGUCACUGUCCGCAUUGCUUAUGGUGCUGCUCUCUGGAGUAAUAGCUUUCAUGGUGAACUUAUCGAUUUAUUGGAUCAUUGGGAACACGUCACCAGUCACCUAUAACAUGUUUGGACACUUCAAGUUCUGCAUUACUUUAUUUGGAGGCUAUGUUUUAUUUAAGGAUCCAUUGUCAAUUAAUCAGGGUCUUGGCAUGUUAUGCACAUUAUUUGGCAUUCUCGCCUAUACCCAUUUUAAACUCAGUGAACAGGAAGGAAGUAAGAGUAAACUGGUACAGCGUCCGUAAUUAGGUUUUGGUGGAGAAGAGAAAGUCACCGCAGGAAGAUUAAAAAAAAAUGUUAAUUAAGUGUGCAAGUUACUUUCAUAGAAGAGGAAAAAUUUGUAUCGCAAAAUUCACUGAAUGAUGGUUUGCAAGAAGUAACACAAAGGAAAUUCUAUUCAUAAAUAGGACUUUCUCUUUUAGAAUACCUCUAAGACCAUGGCUCAUGCUUCUUUUCCAGGACUGAUUAUAUGAAGUCUGUCGGAUGAUUUGAUUAUACCAAAUGAAAUUAAAGUUCUAUAAUAGGGACAGAGGGGUCCAGAUCACCACACUACACAUGUGUCGUGGUUUCUAAGUGUUCAGACCCUUCUAAGGAAGGACAGCGAGGACUCCUCUGCUUACUCCUAGGUGGCCCCCAGUGUGAGCUCUUUUAUAAUUUCAGCCAAAGUGUUCAAGUCAGAAUUUAAAUCUAGCAUUUCUAUUUUAGUUCGUCUAAUGUAACUUCCUGCUUAUUUCGCUAACAGGAAUGAAAUAGCAUUUAUAGAAAGCAAAGUGUCGGAAAGAAGCCCAUUAAGACAAAAUCCAAAUCUAAAAGUACCAUUUUUUCAGAGAAAAUGGAUAGGAGAAGUUACACGUUAUCCAGAAAACUGCAGUUGCUGUAGCUAUUCUCUUGUUUCUGAGCUCUCAGUGAACUCUAGAAACUGUAUAGGAUGUUAAAAAACAGAACAGCUCCAUGUUUAAAUGGCCUGAAGAGGAGACGGUGGAUGGAACUGAGCAAGUGUCUUAUCCUGUUUGUUCUCUUGGCCUCUUUGAGCCUUUCCUUUUGGUAACUUCUUGCUAUCACCUCCAUGCUGUCACCCUGCCUUCCACGUUGGAGGCCGGCAUGGAGCUUUCUCUGACACUGAAAGCUUUGUAGUGAAUUCUCUUUCUAAGAUGGCUGAGGAAAAUUGUCAUGCCACAAGUCAGGGCAAAUACUAUUCAAACAUUAAGCAGAAACGUGGUGAAAAUAUGUGGAAAGCUUUUAAAGAGCAGUAGAAAAAUAGUCAAUAUUUAACCAGUUCCAUUAGUUAUUAAGGGGAUAAUUUUUUAAAAUUAGCUUACAAGGGAAAUACAGGGUUUUGACCGAAGGCAAUGUAGUGCCACACAUUUCCUUGCAAAAUGUGUUUCUGCCUUCCAGCUUCUUCACAGUUGAGCAUUAAAAGCUGUUGUUGGUAACUUCUCACAAUAAGUUGACUGCAACAGUCCCUCUUGUAAUAAAUAACUCUUUUAAAAUUGUUACAUAUACCUUUUAGGAUUUUUUUUCCCCUGGCCUGUUUGAAAUGAAAAACCUCACUGAAAAUCUGUUUUGACAGAAUUUCAAUGUAUCGGUCAAUUGUCAAGUGACUAGUGUGUGUGAUUUUCUGUUUUUGUUUUAAAUAUUCUUUGAUUCUUCUCAGUUUCUAAAGAUAUGCUUUAUUGUGCUAAGAACUAUGAAGCUAUCUUUCUUACCAGAUGAGCCUCAGGCAUUAUGUUUGUCUAAGAAAUGUUCUCUGGAUGUGUUUAAAUUAACAUAUAAUUAUUUCCGCAAAGCUGGAGAAAAGUAUUUCCGUGCAGCAAAGAUUACGUGACUUCUGCAUAUGAACAACUGAGUUGAUUUGUGCUAUGCGGAAAUUCUUUUUAACUGUAAAUACUUGGGGGGGUAUAAUCAUAUUGGGGAGGGUUAUAAUAAAUGACUGAUGUCAGUAGGAAGGCAAUAAAAAGGUUAGAGUAAGAUCGGGUCAGGGUAUGUGUAUAUAUAAAUGAAUAAAAUUCCUACCACUGGAACUGGAGUCUCAUCAACAGUGUUUGCCCUGAAGAUGAUCUUCCCAUUGAAAAGGAAAUUCCUGGAGGAAUAACUGGGCGCAGCCACAGAAACUGUGCUGUGGAUGAACCCUCACUGUCCUUUUGUUACAGAUGUAACUGUACUUGUUUUUAAUUCUGUGUUAAAUGGCCGAACUUCAGUUUUUACCUGUUACAAAUAAAGAGAACCUGUUAUUUUUACUUUCA